AUAACCGUCCACUGCCUGGGAGACGAGGCGACGUUACGGAGAUGGCUGGUCUACGAUCCCCGUCAGAGGGUGCAGGGCUGGAGGUUCGCCUCCUACAUGCUGUUGCACUCGAAUGCACUUCACCUCGCACUCAACGUGGUCAUUCAGCUGGUCCUGGCGACUCCACUCGAGGUGGAGCAAGGACGAAUAGGAGUGGCGACGAUCUACCUGGGCGGCGGAGUCUGCGGCGCCCUGGGAGCGUCGCUUUUGCAACCUAGUCUUUACCUGGUUGGCGCUUCGGCAGGCGUUUACGCGUUACUCACGAGUCACCUUGCCCAUCUCUAUCUGUGUCACGGCGAGCUGCGCUACGCUGGCUGGCGUCUCGGGGCCGUGCUGCUCCUGGCCGGCGCGGACGUCGCGUCGCUGCCCAUCCCGGCCCUGCUCGGCUGCGGCCGGGUCGGCUGGGCGGCGCACGUCGCGGGCGCGCUGGCGGGCCCGCUCCUGGGCCUGGCCGUGUUCCCGAACCAGAGCAAGAAGGACGCCCGGGGCCGCAGGUUCGUGCGUUACGUGCGGCUGCUCUCGGCCGUGAGCGUGAUGCUGCUGAUCGUCGGCGCCGUCCUCGGCAACGUCUACCUGAUCGCCCUGCCGCAGCUCAGGAAGCCGUCCUCCUGACAGAGGAUCGAGAUGCUCGUCAAGCUCUGCCGGCGGUCCUUCCUGAUCGUCAAGAUCCGGGAGGCCGCGGAGAGCGUGUUCGAGUAGAGGACAGGACCGAUCUGCCGCAGCUGCCGGUGGCAGCUUUUCCACUCUACUCUCGCCUCUCAGAGGCGAUCUCGCGCGAAUCUCAUUAUCCGUUAUUAAAUAAUGCGAAAGGAACCGUGUCUAAAAUAGCAAACCUAAUCACACUUGACUUUGAGAAAUCCGAAAAUUCCCCCCCCCUCCCCCCGGGGGGGAGGAUCGUGCGAUCGAUGAUUCGCACUCGUGCGAGGAAGAGACUUGAGCGUUGGGUCG